AUGUUUGUUCGAACAUAUUCAACAAUACGAAGUGUAUUUUCUAAAGCAUCAGACUUACCUAUAAUACUUGAACGACUUAAUGCAACUACUUAUGUUUAUGCGACGUUGAAAAAGAAUGCAAAAAAUAUACCAUCUUAUUGGAUGUUUAAUUUUCUUUAUUUUACUGAACCAGAAAAAGUUUAUCCCUCUACUCGACAUCCUGUUGUCAAUUGGGAAGAAAAUUUGGAUUUCAAUUAUACUAUAACUGAUAAUACCAGUGUGCCGAUACUUUGGCCAAUAUCAUAUUCGUUGUUAUCGACAACAAAUACAACAAAAAUAUAUAUACAAUUUUUUUCUACAUCAAGGAAACCUUUUGCUCGAUUCACGACAACAAUGCCUUAUUACGAACAAAAAGCCAAUUCUAUUGAUCAAGAAAUCUCAGCAACUAAUGAAAAAAAAUUAUUUACAGGCGAUUCCUCAACUGUACCAUAUAUUCCUUUUUUAUCAGAUGAAACACAAUCAAGUAAUACUGAUGAGAAUUAUCAAUUUAUUGAAAACACUUCAUUCGAUUCUCAAGAACGAGAAAAUCGAUCAUUAGAAACAACAUCGGAAUCUGGAAUUCCAUCAAUUGUCGAAACAUCAUCUAAUCCGCAAACACUUCCCACCAGUACAUCUGAAUCAGUCAUAUCGAACGAUGAUUUACGACCUACAAUUGACGAAGGAGAAAACCUAUCACUAAAUCAAAUUACUCAAUCUCAAGAUUAUGAAUCGAAGAAGACACCGUCUUAUUCAAAACAUUUUAAUCAAGGUCGCGCGAAUUUAUCACCGAGUCAACAAGCACAGAUUGAAGCUUAUUUAAAUAAACAAUCAUCAUCCAACCAAGCUAUAUUUUCAAGAUAUUCAACGACUACAAAAGUACCAGCCACAAAAUAUACACUUGGUGUCAAGAUAUAUUAUGACCAUCAAACUGAAAAUACUCAGUCGCAAAGUUAUAUAACUGAGAUACCAUUAUCUGAUUGGAAAGAUUUCAAUCGCACAAUAGAUAGAAAAGAAAUAUUAUUUUCGGACGAUGAUUUACGAUCUUUCCUUGAAGGUCGAGCGAAUUUGUCAAAGAUUCAAAAAGCACAGAUUGAAGUUUAUUUAAGUAAACAAUCAUCAUCCAAUCAAAGACGAAGUAAUCUCUCACAGGCUCAAGAAGCACAAAUUCAGGCGUUCUUAGCUAAAAAGACGUCUUCGAAGAAGACCAUAUUUUCAAAAUAUUCUACACGUAAAAGUAUGCCAAUGGAAACACUGACACCUAACGAUAUAUCAGAAGUUUAUUCUGAAGCAGAAACAAGUUUAUCACUUAGUAAACAAGUUCAAUCAACAGAUUUUCAGCCAUUUUCAAAAUAUUUUAAUAGUACGAUUAGUAAUAUAGUAUCAUCAGAAUUUGCUUUACAAAAAUUAGCUUCUACUAUACCAAUAACAACUAGAAGAAAAACAAGAAUGCGACGACCUGGACAAUCGAUUGGUGAUAGUAGUAUUGAUUUUGAUGACAGUACCGAACAACUUUCUAAUAUCUAUACUGAUUCAAAUGAUGAUAAGAUUCUAUCGAUUGAUACACUUAAUAAAUAUUCUCAGUUGUCAACAUCAAAAUCUUUUAUCUCACCACUACCGACAGGUGCUUCUGUUAAGUCAACGGAACAACCAUCUCAUUUAGGAACAUCAAUGAGUACUUCGUUAAAAGACGUUCUAGAAGCACUUGCAUUAGAUACAACAAAAUCAGAUUUUAUGACCAAUGAAAAAUCUCGAACUGAUAAUCGAAUUUAUCAACUAUCAACAGCAUCGUCAUUAGAUCAACUAAUUCAAUACACUUCUGAUGUAAAUCUUAUAUCAUCCACAUUAUCUGUAAAUGAUUCAUCAAAUUUGAAAAACUACUCUCUAGUAAGUCAAUUCGAUCCAAUUCUCAUGAAUAAAAAUGCUACUAUACAUUCCAAUAAUAAUAAUGAAAAAGCGACUAUUCAUGACGACGACGAUAGAAUAAAUAGUUCCCUUUUCCCAACGAAAUUUAAAUUAACAAUGGAUCCGAAAUUUUCACAAACUACUCCAGGCCAAUUAAUAUCAACCAAUGUUCAGAGUAUCUCAUCAGAUAAAACUUCUAAAUCUUCUGCAGAUAUCAAUACCGAUCAAACUUCGUCAGUCUUAGUAGUAAUCUCAGCUGAUAAUAUUACGCAUAUGGAUUCACUACCACUAGUGACUCGUCGAUCGGAUACACAAACCACUGUUAACCAAACUGAAAUAUCUUCUUCAAAGAUUAAUGAUACCAUAAUUCCUUCAAUGCUUCAGAAUCUUACCUUUUUACAAAACCAAUCUGAUAUAUAUGAUACAUCAAAACCAAUUGAUAUUAUGAGAGAUAGUCUUAAUGAUGAAUCUAUUAAUAUUAAACAAACUUCAACAUUACCAACGUUAAUCAUAAACGAUACAUUGAUUUUAACUACAACAUCUGGUUAUAUUACUCAAACUAUAAAAGAUGAAAUUAAGUAUAAAAAUUCUUCGGGAAUGUCAGUAGAUGUCAAUAUUACCUCUAUCUUUCGCACAUCAUCACCGCUUAUUAUGUCUAAUACAACCCUGCUUUCUUCACGUCGUUCACCUUUAUCAUCACCGUUGCACUAUUCACAUCGAUAUUCAAGCACCAGGUCACCAAAAUUUACUUCAUUGUCAUCACCAAAACUCUUUUCAGACACCACUACCACAAUAACAACAACAACUACAACAACGAUAACAACUACAACAACAACAACUACAACUACAACAACUACAACUACAACAACUACAACUACAACAACUACAACUACAACAACUACAACUACAACAACUACAACUACAACAACUACAGCUACAACAACAACUACAACAACAAUAACAACAACAACAACAACAACGAUAACAACUACAACAACAACAACUACAACAACUACAACAACUACAACAACAACUACAACGACAAUAACAACUACAACAACAACAACUACUACAACAACAAUCACCACACCAACAACAAUGCUAUUGUCAACAGAAAUAACAACAAUGCCUUCAUAUUCGACCAUUUUUUCAUCGUCUACUAGCACAUUACAAUCGUCAUAUCAGUUUUCAUCAAUACAAACAACUAAUGAAGUUCGAACAUCACAUAUAAAACAAUCGACAUUAAUUAGUACUCUUGCUGAUAUGUCUUCUUUGCCUCCGAUAACAACGUAUCAACCGCAUUUGACAUCAACUAUUCCUUUCACAUCAUACCUUACUACUAAUGAACAAUUGUUAACAACAAUAUUUGAUUCAUAUACAUCUAAAUUUCCCAAAACCUACAUCGAAUCAUCUUCAUUAUCAUAUGCAAAAUCUACUGAAUCAUUCACUACUAAUUAUCAAUUGAUAACAAGUACUCUAGUUCCUAGUACUAAUCUUGACUCUUCUCCAACAAUAACAUCAGAUAAAACUUCGAUGCGUUCUACUUUACCUACUACGUCUGAAGAAACUCUUUCACUGUCUAAUUAUCAAUUAUUUGAAACUACUGAGACGCCAUAUUUAUCAUCGCUAAGUACUGAUCGAUAUCAAGAAGAAUUUACUCCAUUGAAAUUUGCAUCGACAAUUUUUCCUCACAUUGAUAAAUCAAAGGUUUUCUCGACACUUGAACAUUCUACUAUACGAACAAGUUAUCUAUCAACAACAAGUAUAACUGUAACGACGACUACGUCAACCACCACUACCACAACAACAACAAAAAAUCGAUAUAAAACUCGAAAAUCGAAGAGAACUGGUUGGACAACACAAACAUUAUCAACUAUUGCUUCUUUUCCAACCGCUACGGUUAUACCUUCAUAUCAAACAACCCUUAAAUCUGAUUAUGAAUUGCCAACAUCUACAAAAAUGACAACUUGGCCUUCUGAAUUGUAUUCUCCUGAACAACAAGACACAGUUCUUAUAGAACCACGAUUAAUUAAAAAUGAUUCUAAUAGACUUAUAUCUAAUGAUUUACUUAAUCAAAUAUUUAAUAAUAUGUCGACAUCAGGAAAUUCUUCAACAGAAAAAUAUAUUUAUUUUAAUUUAAAUGAUUAUCCACCAUCAUCAUGGAACUUGUCAUUAAAUUCUAACGAAAAUAUUUUUCUUGAUGUUGUAUUCCCAUCAUCAUCUACUUCAACAAAUUUAACAUUUUCAAAUAUUGAAGCAAAUCGUUUAUCAACAAAUAUAAUUGGUAUACCAAUUAAUUUUCAAGUUGAUCGUGUACAAACAAAACAAUUUUCAUUAACAAUGAAUGCAACAGAUAAUGAUUUAAAUGUAAAUCGUACAAUACCAUAUUUAUCUGAUGUUAUUAUUGGUCAUGUUAAAAGUGAACAAUUUGAAUUAAAUUUAACUAAAACAGAUAAUAUGCAUGUACGGGUAACACAAGUUGAUUCAGCAACAGCUGAACUUUAUCUUGAUAGUAAUUUUUGUACAAAUGAAAGUAGUUUAGAAAUUAAUUUAAAUCUUUCACAAAACGGAACAAUUCGUUAUGGUAAUCGACAACCAAUACAUAUUGGACCAGUUUUUACUCGAGUACAUAUGCUUAAACACUCAUGUGAUCGUCAACAACCAUUAACAUUAUUUUUUGAUAUAUGUGAACGAUCAAAUCCAUGUGUAAAUGAUGGUAUAUGUCAAGCUGUUAUGCCAGAUUAUAAUGAUAAUUCAAAUACGAUCACAGAAAUUGGACAUGUUGGUUAUAAAUGUCAAUGUCCAUUACAUACAUCAGGUGAACAUUGUCAAUUUUUACAAUAUCCAUUAGGUUAUUGUUUAAAUAAUGGAACAUUAUUUCAAAUGAAUAAUAGAUAUAAUAAUACAAUUGAAAAAUGUAUCUGUCCAAUAGGUUUUCGUGGUGAUCAUUGUGAAGAAAAUAUUGAUAAUUGUAUUGGUAUAACAUGUUUUGAUCAUGGCAUAUGUGAAGAUGGUAUUGAUCAAUAUAAAUGUUCAUGUUUUGAUGGUUAUUUUGGUUUUAAUUGUGAACAUAAACAUGUACAAAUUGUUUUAUUACAAGCAGCAAGUCGAUCAUUUGGUGUUGUUGCAAUUUUAUUGAUUGCUGCUAUAGCUGGUCUUGUUGUUGCUAGUGAUAUUCAUACAUAUUUAACAAGAAAACGUCAAACAUCUAAUUUACCGAAAAAAAUCUCACGUGUACAAUCAGAAUUAUUUGAAAAUUCAGUACUUUUACUUGGAUUUAGUGAUGCACCUAUUGAAAUGAGUGAUUUAUCAACUGUUCGAAAAUGGAAAAAACCGGUAAUAUUGAAACAACGUCAAACACAUAGAACAACAAGAAAUAGAAAAUCAACAGGUUAUCAACAACUUUCAAGACGAAAACCAUUCACCACCAUUUCAAAAUUCUCAUCUCGACGUUAUGCAGCAUCAAGUCAACUUGAUCAAACAAUUAUUUAA